GGCCCACUCUCUCGGCUCCUCAUUCGCUUACGUGACGACCGUCCAUCCAAUGGCGAGGCGGCCACGCCCACUCUUACGCUCUGGCGCGGGAGCUUUAAAUAGCGAGAGGCUCAAAGCCGCAGCUCGGGUCCCGCUCCAAGCUGCACCUCUCUGCUCAUCAGUAUGCAAGCCGCCACCGCCACGCUGUGCCCCCGCUCCCCGCUCACCCCCAUCGUGGACCCCAAACAGCUGCAGCUUUCACCCCUGAAAAAGCUCUGCCUGGCGGACAAGGAGAACACGCCCCCGAGCCUCAGCGCGACCCGCGUGCUGGCCAGCAAGACGGCGAGGAGGAUCCUGCAGGAGGAGCCCGAGCCGAAAACCGAGGCUCCUGUCCCCAGCCUCGAAGAGGAGCCACUCCUGAGAGAAAACCCCCGUCGCUUUGUCAUCUUUCCCAUCGAAUACCAUGAUAUCUGGCAGAUGUAUAAGAAGGCCGAGGCCUCAUUUUGGACAGCUGAGGAGGUGGACCUUUCCAAGGACAUCCAGCACUGGGAGGCCCUGAAACCUGAGGAGAGAUAUUUUAUAUCCCAUGUGCUAGCUUUCUUCGCAGCCAGUGAUGGCAUAGUGAAUGAAAACUUGGUGGAGCGGUUUAGCCAAGAAGUUCAGAUUACAGAAGCCCGCUGUUUCUAUGGCUUCCAGAUUGCCAUGGAAAACAUACACUCUGAAAUGUACAGUCUCCUCAUCGAUACUUACAUUAAAGAUUCCAAAGAGAGGGAAUUCCUCUUCAACGCUAUUGAGACAAUGCCUUGUGUAAAGAAGAAGGCAGACUGGGCCUUGCGUUGGAUUGGGGACAAAGAAGCCACCUAUGGAGAACGUGUAGUAGCCUUUGCAGCAGUGGAAGGAAUCUUCUUUUCUGGUUCUUUUGCAUCCAUAUUCUGGCUCAAGAAACGAGGACUGAUGCCUGGUCUUACAUUUUCAAAUGAGCUAAUUAGCAGAGAUGAGGGACUCCAUUGUGAUUUUGCAUGUUUAAUGUUCAAACAUCUGCUACAUAAACCUUCGGAGCAGAGAGUCAGAGAAAUAAUUGUCAAUGCUGUCAGGAUAGAACAGGAGUUCCUCACAGAGGCCUUGCCAGUGAAUCUCAUUGGGAUGAACUGCACUUUAAUGAAGCAGUACAUUGAAUUCGUGGCCGACAGACUCAUACUGGAGCUGGGCUUCAGCAAGGUUUUCAGAGUAGAGAAUCCAUUUGACUUUAUGGAGAACAUUUCAUUGGAAGGCAAAACUAACUUCUUUGAGAAGAGAGUAGGCGAGUAUCAGAGGAUGGGCGUGAUGUCAAGUUCAACGGACAACUCUUUUACCUUGGAUGCUGACUUCUAAAUGAACUGAAGGUGUGCUGAUAAUUUUUUUUUCCUUUCUCAUCACAAAAAUUUUUUAAAAAGACAACAAAAACAGCUACUUGAAGUUCAUCAAUCAGUCAGCUACAUCAUGAAUUAUCCAUAGUGACAUCUGUGAAGCUGUGUAGCUACCUCAGUCAAAGCCUGUUGAAUAGUGCCAGUGAUGCCCUCUAGAACAAAGCCAGCCCCAACUUUUAGAAUUCUUUAAAUCCUUUUUGAGUAUGGGGACUCAUGGGAUAAGUGAUCCCGCAAGAGUUGAUUAUCACAAGGCCACAGGCAGGUGUCACUCUCCACUGCUUGAAAGCAGACUUUCAGCCUUACCCAUUUGUAUAUUCAUAACACCGGCACUUUAUACGUAAGGGAAAGCCUAGAAUUGUAAUUACCACUAAUUCAGAAUUUACUAGGUAACCAAAAUAAGUUAAAACUCAUGUAAAUUAUAAGUGUACUACAUUUUUUUUUCUUUAAUGAAUUGAGGUACGUUUAAAUCAGUCCUCUGCACUUAUAAAGUAUCCUGUUAUGUAGCCUAGGUGAAGUAUCUGGGAUAGAGUUACAGGAGAAAGGAACUGUAACUGAAGGCAGGAAUGAAGUGUGAUCUGGACUGACUGCAGUAACCUGGGCAUGCGUGAAGGGGGGUACAAUGUUUAUUUCUCAAGUUGGCAUUGGAAUCACUAUGUAAGAUCCUUGGGAGAUUCUUGCACACAGGAGAUCUCUAGGAAUAAGAUAGUAUUAAACUGGCUUUCAGUAUAGCCCACCUAAUAUCUUAGUCCUUUAAGUGGUAAAAACCAGAGCUAAAAUGGACUUUCCUAAAAGUUGAAUUUAUUAUUUUUUUUUUUUUUAUGUAUUGAAAUGCCAACUGUUUGUACUUACAACUUUCCUAUUAGAAGGUGUGUGUUUGCUACACAAAGGAAAAUGCUGUUUACAGCUUUAUAAGAAAAUGCUUCUUGACUGUGUCCUUUUAGAGUAUAUCUGUUCAUGCUUUGAAGUGUUUAUAGUUGGUUGAAUCUGUUUAGUGUGAUUCUAAUGCUUAUCUAAAUUUGAGCAUUACCUGGUGGAUUCUUAAACUAGAAAACAAGUAUUCUAUGAGCUGUUAAUAGAAGUUCCAUUCAAAUACUGACUUUAGAUGGAAGUAUGAACUAAUAUAUUAUACCUAAGAACCUUUCAAAAAGCCAAGACAUAUUAUGGAAGAUGGCGUAUGACCUACAGCAGCUGCACCUAUUAGCAACCAUUGUGCUGACCGUGGGCCUCUCCUGUUAGCAUCUGUUGUAUAGUCAAAUAGUUUUUUUUUUUAAUUUCUGUAGUAUGGGACCCUUUUCUUUGUUUUAAAUUAUUGUUAACCAUAUAGUUAGUCCUUACUAUGUGGUCCUUACAUUUGUGUAAAAAAGAUAAAAAUUAAUAAAAAAAAUUAAUAAAAUACCUUGCCUUGUCAG